AUGUACGGAGCCGACGACGAGCUGUCCCUAGCGGUCGAUGCGUUUCUUACAGAAGCCAUGGGUCGUAAACAGACACAAUCGCAGGGUCAAUCAGAGACCUCUCGAAGAGGUUCUGCAGCCUCACAGCCAGGUCCCCAGAGUGACAAGUCGUUUGAGUGUACUCAUCCAGGCUGUAGCAAGAGGUUCACGCGCUCCGAACACUUGCAGCGACAUGCUCUCAAUCACUUACCGGGAGGUUCUUCAUGUGACAUAUGCCGUGCACACUUCAAACGGCCUGACUUGCUGAGGCGACAUAUGGAAAGACAUCGCCAAAAGGAUCUUGAGGCCGGAGGAACCGGCUUUGGCGUUCUCGAUACACGAAAGAGAUCCUGGGAAGCACCCGACGGUACGGUCGUUGAAAAGCGACCGUGUCGGGACACCAAGACGAAAGCUAAGACUGCCAAGGGUUCGGGACAGAACCCUCAUGAAACACAACAAGUCCCAUCUCCAGAAUCCGACCAAGCAGACAACACAGGGAAUCAAUCCCCUGGGCUGAUCACUUGGGGCCAUAACGAAGGCCAGCCAGUGCAUGGAGUCGAUCUUCAUUCCUCAUCCGACUUGCAUAUUGAAGACUCCAUCUUUGUUCACACCGCUGGCGAACUGGUUACAGACGAUCAUUUGGGCAACUUUACCACUUCAACCGACCCAUUCGAUCCCGGCCAAGGCAUAGGCGAGUUCUCAUUCGAUCAGCUUGACCCUCUGCUCCUCAACGAGUCGUUCGUGGACAACGCGGCACUUGACUACACGCAAAACUUCCAGCCAGAUACAGCCAGCUCGUUUAACAUGCCCUAUACGACUGCGCUGGACUACAGCUGGUUAUUUAACAUGAACUUGAACCCAACACCAACACCCCUCACAAAGUCCAGCGAGCAAUAUAUACCGUCAGCCCAAAUGUCGGAGCCCGUCCAGAUAUUAUCACCAGACUCUGUGAACAGCACGCGCCGCUGGUCAGAGUCGGUACAGUCUCACAACAGCGAUACGAGGCAAGAUGCCCCUGAUCCACGAACCGCCAUCUUGAACCACAUCAAGACAACUCCAGAGAGCUUUGCCAGCUCGAGAAACGAGUCUACAACGCCAACACAGCAGAAAGGCGCCAAACCAUUGAAGCCUCAUGUUACCCAGGAUCAACACUACGUCGAGGAACCGCAAUUCAAUAGGCCAUUCUCGAUGCUUGACAAAGGUCAAUCGAUACCAAAGAUCGACGAAACCGUGCGCAAACGGAUUCUCCAAGUCGUGGAGACUGCCAACCCGUCUCUACCUGAUCCUCGUCACUCCGUGUGGGAUGAGCCAUUACUGUCCCAAGACUCCUUACAAACAUACCUAGAAUUGUUCUUUGUAAAGUUCAAUACUGCCUACCCACUCAUGCACCUUGCAACCUUUGAUGUAAACAGAAUGGAAUCGUUGCUUCUCCUCUCCGUCCUCCUGCUUGGUGCAACCUACUCUUCCAAAGAUGCUCAUCAGCUGGCUGUGUGCAUCCACGACGUUAUACGGCCUAGCAUAUUUUCCCAUGCUAGCUUUUCGGCUCGCGCAGAACUUUGGACUCUGCAGACUAUCCUCCUGGUGGAAUGCUUUGGAAAAUCUCGAGCUGGGCAGAAGCAGCACGACAUGAGCCAUCUCUUCCAUGGACUUCUUAUAAAUCUCAUUCGCAGGUCCGACUGCCAGUCGGUCCGCCCUCAAGGGCCACCUACUGACUGCACCGAGACAAAUGAGGGCUUAUUGCGAGAGGCUUGGAGACGAUGGGCCAUCGCAGAACAAAAGAAACGUCUCGCACUUCUGUGCUUCAUGUGGGAUACACAGCAUGCAGUUCUCUUUUGUCAGAGUCUCUGUAUGUCAGCAUUUGAGCUUCGUCUUGAAUUGCCAUGCAGCCAAAGAAUAUGGGAAGCUUCAGACCCAACAUCCUGGGCUAUGGCAUGGACUUCAUCAGCCUGCACUUCCCAGCAGAGCUUUUACCUUCCCAGUCUCAAAUCAUAUCUUGGGCCAUCGGUGCCGCGUCCAAAAGCAUUGACGGGGCUGUCUCAUGUGCUUAUGCUGCAUGGUCUGAUGUCCAUCGCUUGGGAUAUGCAACGCCGUGACCAGACAGCGCUCGGCGUAGUAGAUGGUGGUGGACCCGGAUCCAACUGGCGGAAGCUCAUAGGCAACGCUUAUGACGCUUGGAAGGAAGACUUUGAUGGUUACAUAACCUCGAUUCUUUCACGACUCCAGAAUACACCCGAGGACCAGGCUAGAAGAAGCGAGUACGUGGCGUUUGCUACUGCAUACAAUGCUUUGUUUCACUCAGCACAAGCACUUCUUCAUAUGGAGUUCCUUGACAUACAGAUCUAUGCUGGUGCUCGCCAUAUCUUGGGUCGGCCAGUUCAGCAGAAGGACUACCGUCGAUCCGCGAAGGCGGUCAAACAGUGGGCUUCGGUCACAGAACGACCAAGUAAAGAUCAACCUUCAAACACCGAACACAGCACAAGAAGCCGCAAGAGGCCAGCAUCUGUGGCUGCAUGGCACGCAUCCCGCCUGCUUCAUGAAAACACAAAGGUGCUCACUCGUUCAGACGCCAUGCAGCUCUUCCACGUCCCCUGGUGUCUGUACCUUGCAACUCUUGCAUGCUGGGCAUUCUGCCACGGUCAGCCCAAUAGAGGAGGUAUGCUUGACAUGGACGAUGAUGCUGAAGAUAGUGACGACGAGAGCGAUGAGAUCAUCUGGAACCCUCGAGGGGAAAUGCACAACCUCGUGUCGAGAAUGGCUCAGAAGGGGCCUGAGGAGAUGGAUGUGACAUCAGGUCAACAACGACAGAUUGUCGGGCUUGUCUGGACUAUGGCUGAGACGCUGAGUAAGGUUCGGUGGGGGAUCUUACAUGCUGGUGUUGUUGUGUUACGGGGCUUAAUACCGCAAAGACUCAUUAAUCAGUAUGAUGAGCCUCACAAUGAUGCAUUUUAG